AUGGCAUCUAUUAGCGGUAAUGACUUGAGUAUUGAGGAAGUGGGGAGGAACGUUGCCUUCGAGGAUGUGCAACCACCCUGCCCCGUUCCCGACACCAUGGUAUCGGCUAUCAUUACUAGGACGGGUCAUGGGCAAGACAUCGCUGAUGACUAUGAGGAAGAGGAGAGCCACGACAACGGCACCGAGUCUGAUGAUGGCCCUGACGAAGAUGACAAAGCCUCGGAGAGGGAUGAUCAUGAGAGAUAUGGGAGCCGUCAGUCUACUCCCCUGUCAUCGGAUAUCUUGCUACCACCGCUAGGUGUGCCGAAUCACACUAAGCGCAACUUGGCGGCCAUUGAUGCGUUGAUGGCCGAGGCCGACCCUCGUGCUGGGGAUGCGAACUUGUCCUUACCUCGCCUAGAGGGUGCUCUAAUGAUGAGUACGUACGAGCUCCUAGUCACUAUCUUGGGGGUAGGCAAAAACCCUUGGAUUUCAUCGACGACCUCUCUUAUCGGUCGAGAUGGCCAAGCUCUUGGCACCAAUAUCAACAAGUUCAGUGAGAACUGGGAUAUCGGUUAUCUACCUAACUCUCCGUGCUCUAGAAGUGCCAAGCACAGCAAGAAAACCCCACGUCAAGUCGAUGCUACCAGCCGAUCGAAAAAGUUUGGUGAUUUCUGCGACAAACUCGACAGAUCUCUCUCAGCUUCUAGGGCUAGCCCGACUGUCGAACUACUCACCUUGGUCUACCUUUUCCCGCUAUCUGUUACCUCUGCUCUACGACGUUGCUUGGUUUCGGUGUGCUCGCAGUCGAACUACCUUGCGGCAGCGGGAUGGCACAAAUGGCAUGGCUGUGACCUGACGAAGGCAUCCGAACACCAACGUUCUCAGUUCAAGAGUGACUACGUGGAGUAUACCACCGUGAUCCGCGAAUGGAUCGAGUUGGUUCGGAAGGCCAUCAAUGAUGAACGGCCGAAGAUCUCUAUCGCCAAAGUCAUGGCGGGUUGGUCAUCUAUCGUAGCUGUCGAGAAUGACACCCUAUGUUCUCUCCUCGGGGAAGAGGAAGAGCUAUGGACGCUACUUGUGACCAAUGGUGGUAUCACGUGGCCUCAACGUCGAGACAGACUGCUGAGCGCUAUGCUGUCUAACGCAUCAUGGCGACGCCUCAUGACCUUGUGGUGGAGUAAGCUGUCGGUGGCAGGCGACUACGACGCGUUCUACGAAACUGUCAUGUGUAUGAGAGAGUCAGGACUGGCUCUCCGUGUGCUGCCGAAGGCUGAGUUGUCAGCACUGAAAUCGGAAGCGCUUGAGCAGCGAGGAGUGGGACCUGAAUUAUACUACAGUCCAAGCGGCGACCCUAAUGUAGAUCCCCAUGCUCCUCAAGGCCUAGCCAAGUCGGGUGACACCGACCAGAAGCAACCUGACGGGUCACGAAAGGCCCGUAAUAAGAAGAAGCACAAGGUCGCUGAUGGCAAAUUCUCUCAGGGUAGCGCCAAACCUACCAAGGUUGACGUCAAGAACAACAAGCGUGAUCCUAAGAAGGACCUAGCGUUCAAGGAGGGCCGCUGUUUUGACUGCAACGAGAAAGGUCAUCGAGCUUCGGAAUGUCCGAAGAGAGUGGUGAAGAGCAGUGUCGCUAUUGAGAAAGAUGGGAGCCCACAGCAAGACCAGUGUGGUGAUCCGCAGUGUACAUCCCACUUCGUAUCUACGGCGGUCGCGGUUUCAUAUGCCGUGCCGGCGAGUUCAGGGGACGGACAUAACAGCAUCGCCGGGGAGGUGAGUGGUCAACUACGAGAACAUGAUCUAUUACUUGUGAACCUCUACGAUGGUCGAGCAAAAUCCAAACCCUUCAGAGCACUACUGGAUUCCGGUAGCCAAGUCACUUUGGUAGGGUCGAAUCGCUCUUCUACUCCCUGCUCUCAUGUUGAUCCUUCACGGCCAGAUAUCACAAUCACUGGUGUUGGUGGAACUUGCACAGCGAAACCGGUCUCGCUUCUUAUCAAGACGGAUCCUUCUGCUGCCACCUUGGAGAUCAAGGCCUAUCUGGUGAAGAAUUUACCAGUGGAUGUUGAUGUCAUCGCCGGGAUAGACUGCCUUCGCCUUUUGAAAGCAAAACUUGACUUUGCGAAGACAGAUAUUGUCUUCUCACCAUGCCCGAAGCUGAAUAGGUCACAUAUCCCCCAGGUGGCCUCUUUGGGACUAAUCAGUGUUAAGCAAAAUGGAGGCGAUCAGCUACCGCCUCUACCUGUCGCCAACAUUGAGUGCAAGAAACGGCAUCCCACUAUACGUCACCGAGGGUAUCCACUAGCUCCAGAAAAGCGUAGGAUCGCGGAGGAGACUCUCCGUGACUAUGAGAAGAAGGGCUACAUCGAGUUCAUCGACAAAGACGGUCCACCUGAUCAGUGGAUCUCCCCAUGCUUUCUGAAGCGCAAGAAAAGCGGCGCGUGGAGGUUGUUGACGGAUCUAAGAUCUGUCAACAAACGUCUACCGGUUUAUUGCUUCCCCGAUGAGGCCCAUACUGAGCACUUACUAGCUCAGAUUCCUCGUUGGGCUACCUCCUUUGCUUCGUUGGAUGUGAAGGAUGCCUUCUACACGGUACGAGUGUCUCCGCAGUCUUCUGAGCUUCUAGGCGCUACCUUGGGAUACCAUACCUUCCGGUGGAAGGUUCUUACGCAAGGCCUGUGCACGGCUCCAUAUUGGUGGAGUCGUCAAAUACACUGGAUCCUAUCUGGUAUAUCUGAGCUCGAUAAGUUCAAGGGACGAGUUGUCGUUCUGACCUUUGUCGACCAUAUAUUGAUAUGCGGCUGUUCUGUAGAAACUACGAGAGCUGUUCUCGAGAUUAUCUGUAAGCGUCUGGCGGACUACCAUAUUCCCAUCAGCCCUGAGAAAACUCAACCUCCUACCGACAUCAUCGGCUUUCUCGGAAUGAGACUGUCAUCCAAUGGGUGGCAACCGGAGCCAGCGGCUGUGGCGGCUCUGGAGUCACUCCCUAGACCUCUCAAUAGGCAGCAGCUACAGUCAUUGUUGGGGACUAUCAACUACCUAAGAGCGGCUUAUGGUCAAGGUGAGUUACAAGUGAAUCUUGCUCCCUUACAAGAUAUUCUCGGGAAGAAUAAGCCCUACAAAUGGACCGACCUGCAUGAUGCUGCCUUUGAUUGGCUGAGAUCGGCCUUGCGGCAGCAUGUCUUCGCUUUUCAACCGAUCGACUCUGAGCUCGAGGAGGGCGAAGGCUUUGUGUUGCAGACAGAUGCCAGCGACUGUGGGAUAUCCUAUGUAUUGUGGAGAGUACGUUUCGGUGAGUGCCCAGGCGCACUCUCGGAUAUGGGUGAUCUAAACUCUGAGUACUCUGGCCCGACGCCGGACAUUUUGGCUGAACAUGGUGCUGUGCUUAUGGUCGGCAGCCGUCGUCUCCGUGGGCAUGAAAAACGUUAUGCAACCUUUGACUGUGAAGGUCUCGCCCUGGUAGAGGGUCUCCGCAGAGCGAGGGUGCUGCUGCUAAUCCCUACCAAAAGCGGGAGACGAGCGCCUGUCGUUGUUCACUCCGACAGUGCAGUUGCCAUUCACAAAGUUCAGGCUGUCCCUGACUACUCCGAGUUCACCCGUAAUCAAGUCCGGUAUAAACGCUGGUGUCGAUGGGUCGAGAGCGUUGUUGAUGUGCUCCCAUUCGUCAGAAUAUUUCACUGUCGUGGCUCUGAGAACUGCCUAUCGGAUAUGUUUUCGAGAGUUCUCGCCGAGGCUGAUACUGACACUAUGGGGGUGUACAGUACAACAGCUGUAUUGGUGUCUGAUAACUUCGACAAUAGCUCACUGUGCUCUGAGGAAGACGACGAGGCUCUCAUGAACGACAGCCUUUCAACUGACGAUGGCGUGGCCGUGCUCCCUGUUGCGGGUCAAAGACUUGAGGAAGAUGUACCUCCUGAGCUUAUCGGUCUCGUUAAUUCUAAUCGAGUACGGAGAGUUGAUCCGGACUGGGUCUACCAAGACUCCAAGGGCGGGAUCCGAACUUAUGUCCCAGAAGGAGAUCGCUCGCAAGCCUUGGAAGCAGCGCAUGGUGAUGGCCAUGCUUCCCCUGAAAGGAUGCUCCGCGCCAUGAUGAGCACAGUCUGGUGGCCCAAGAUGAGCCCUGACAUCGACGCCUACUGCAGCACUUGCGUUGGGUGCGCCAGACACGCUGCGCGUGCCGCUGCUGCCAGCCCGCGGUAUGACCUUUUCUCCACUAUCCCGGUUGAGGCCAGAAGGUUCUCCUCGGUCGCUAUGGAUCACUUGGGACCCUUCAAUGGUCUCUAUGUCUUGGUUGUCGUUGAUAAGGUGACAGGCUGGCUUGAAGCGUGCGUGGUCGAUGACAAGUCUGCUCAGUCGACUGCCUUGGCCCUUUACGAUGUUUGGGUAAGCCGAUGGGGGUGGUUUGAUUCGAUCACCCAUGACAAUGAUGCAGGCUUCUGCUCGGCGACUGUGAAAUCUCUCUUUGAACGUCAUCAAGUGACGAGGACAUUAUCACCUCCGUAUUGGCCGAGAGGGAACGGUAUCGCUGAGGCUGCGGUAAAGGAGAUUAAGUAUGUCAUUCGUCGUUCUGGCGAGGUCAUUACCGGUGCGGUCCAGCUGAAGGCUCUCGUCGCAGCUGCCCGACUGCUCCAUAAUUCUUCUGCUGCAGAUGGAUGUGGCUAUUGUCCUUAUGAGAUUGUUACAGGAAAGAAGCCUAAAACCUUACUUGAAGUUGUCUACGGUGAUAAUGAUCCGGGUCCGGCGGAUCCGGAGAAGAUCGAGAACAUGCUGAACAUCAUCGUUGAGCAGAAACGAAGAUCUAGAGAUCGCAGCCGAGCUGCUGCUAUCUCGCGCGCCGAGAAGUGGCGCUCUGGCUCUUACGGCAACGACCUGCACGAGGGCGAUUUGGUUUUUGUUGUCCAGCUACGUGGUUAUGGUGGCCGGGUGGCCCUAGGCCCCUUCCGUAUUGGAAACGUCGAUGGCUCCCUCGUCUACCUGCGUGGUGAGGAAGAUCCUGUCAGCCGUGGACAGUGCGUCCCCUAUUGCCCUGAUCCCUGCUAUUCUGACGUCGCGGGAGAAGACCACCAGGCCAUGAAGGUCGAGUUUAACUCUCUCACUCCAGACAUGAUGAUUAUGUUCGAAGUCGAGGAACUUGACGGCCAGGUAAAGUCUCUUGAUGUUGGUAGAGUCGUGUCUGAGCCUCUGCGUGACAAGGUCAAGGUUGAACCGUAUGCGUCCCCUACUCAUCUGUUCUGGUUCCGUAGACAGCCGCGUGAAAGAAGGCUGGUUACGGUUUCUAAGUCCGAAGUGAAGUUCUCAACUUCUGGUACUUUCCUCGAACCGGAUGGCAAGCUCAGCUCCGAAUCGAUAGAGCUGCUCAGCCAGAGAGGAUAUAUACAGUGA